CACCUCUGUCCUACGAUACACCACCACCAACACCUCCUCAUCUCAAACUCCCUCCAGGUUAGUAUCGGCAUCACAGGGGAAAUGCUGCUUGCAUCAACGGAAACAUAGCGGUGCCAAGCCAAGGCAGGGGCUGGACCUCUCGCCUUUGCCAUACAUCCCUCCUACACGGCAUCAUCCAUCUCGAUCUAUGUCCAUGCUCAUCUCGAUGGAAGACAAGAGGCUGCGCCUUGCGACCUCUAUCUAGAGCAUGGCCUUUCAAUCGAGGAGGACUUCUGGUCGUGUGGGGAUGUCGGACGAUGGGGAUGGCGAAUUGUUCAGAUCAUCAGGGGUUGGCUGGGUAGAACAGUGAGCUAACACGUGUGCUUUGCUGUACCUGCCCGGUUUUAUAGGUCUUCUUUCCAAGAAGCUUUCCUAUACAACCUACAAUAUGGUCCGAAUCUCUGUUCUUAACGACUGCCUGCAGUCCAUCGUCAACGCCGAGCGAAAGGGCAAGCGUCAGGUGCUCGUCCGACCUUCCUCCAAGGUCGUCGUCAAGUUCCUCUCUUGCAUGCAGAAGCACGGCUACAUCGGCGAGUUCGAGAUCAUCGACGACCACCGUGCCGGCAAGAUCGUCAUCCAGCUCCUCGGCCGGGUGAACAAGUGCGCCUGCAUCUCCCCCAGGUACAACGUGCCCCUGGGCAAGCUCGAGUCCAUCGUGUCGCAGCUGCUCCCCGCCCGUUCGUUCGGUUACGUCGUUCUGACCACCUCUGCUGGUAUCAUGGACCACGAGGAGGCCAGGAGGAAGCACGCCGGUGGAAAGAUCCUCGGCUUCUUCUACUAAACGGCUCCCUCGCUUGCGCCAUGCUUGCUUGUUGCCUACUAGUAGACUUUUCCCAAAACGUUGUCAGACUGGAUGGUGAUGCCUAGCAUUCUUGCCUCUCCAUCUUUCUCUGCAACUCUUUGUACUUGUUCUCGCUCUUUACCAUUCUCUGUCAUCAGGUGGUACCGCUUCUCCCCAAUCAGACAUUGAACACUAGCAUAAUCAUCCAGUCUUGUGACAUUGCGUGAUCGUGUCAUUCUAGU